UGCGCGCUCCCCUUCGCUUAGCCAAGAUGCUGCGCUUGCUGCUUGCGCUGCUCCUCCGCGCGAUCCUGAGCGCCGCCGACGACUCGCGCCCGACGGUGGAGCAGCUCCGCCCGGCCGACGAGUUGCUAGCGGCCGGAGCCGAGGCUUACAACCGCGGGGACUGGCCCGGCGUCAUCCUGCAGAUGGAGCGGGCGCUCCGGGCACGGGCCGCCUACCGGGAACGCCUGGCCGGCUGCCGAUCGGGCUGCGCGGCCAACCACACGGCCGAGGAUCCCGCGCGGGAGCCCCGCCGCCCGUUCCGCGACCUGCGCUUCUUCCAGCAGCUCCUCCGCCGCGCCGCCUGCCUCCGCCGCUGCCUGCCGGACGGCCCGUCUCGAUACCAGCUGGGCGAGGAGGUGGAACUGGAGUUCCGCAAGCGCAGCCCUUACAACUACCUGCAAGUGGCGUAUUUCAAGAUCAACAAGCUGAAGAAGGCUGUGGCAGCCGCCCAGACCUUCUUCUCAGCCAAUCCGGACCACGCCGAGAUGCGGCAGAACCUGGCUUAUUACCAGAUGAUGGUUGGGGUCAAAGAUUCGGAUUUUAUUGAUUUGGAGGCUAAACCCCACAUGCAAGAUUUCCACCUGGGUGUGAGUUACUACACGGAGGAGAAUCCUCAGGCGGCCAUUUUGCACCUGGAGAAGGCGCUGGAUGAGUACUGGGUAGCCGACGAGGAGUGCCGGGUCCUCUGCGAAGAGCCGUACAACCACGAUGGUUACAACUACCUCGAAUACAAUGCCGACUUCUACCAAGCCUUUAUCGAUCAUUACACCCAAGUGCUGAACUGCAAGCAAGGAUGCGUGACCGAGUUGGCGCAGGAAGCCGGUCAGGAGAAACCCAACGAAGAUUUCCUCCCAUCUCACUUCAACUACCUGCAGUUCGCCUAUUACAACAGUGGCCACUAUGGGAAGGCAGUCGAAUGCGCAAAAACCUACUUGCUUUUUUUCCCGAACGACAAUGUGAUGAAGCAGAACGUGGCUUAUUACGCAGCUAUGCUGGGAGAGAACCUGGCCGAACAGAUCGGGCCCAGAGAGAAAGUCCAGAUUUAUCGCCGGCGGAGUCUUUUAGAGAAGGAAUUACUCUAUUUUGCAUAUGACGUCUUUGGCAUUCCUUUCGUCGAUCCGGACACAUGGACCCCGGAAGAAGUCAUUCCCAAGAGACUUCAGGAGAAACAAAAGGCUGAACGCGAGACGGCGGCCCGGAUCUCAGAGGAGAUCGGUAACCUCAUGAAGGAGAUUGAGAAUCUGGUGGAGGAGAAGACGAAGGAAUCUUCCGACAUGAAUAAACUCGUACGGGAAGGGGGCCCAUUGGUUUACGAUGGGCUCAGGGUUGCCAUGAAUUCCAAGACCCUGAACGGCUCUCAGCGCGUGGUGGUGGACGGAGUCCUUUCCCAAGAAGAAUGCCGGACGUUGCAAGCCCUGACCAAUGCAGCUGCUUCGGCGGGCGACGGUUAUAGGGGACAGACCUCGCCCCACACACCCAGCGAGACUUUUCAUGGGGUGACCGUCCUGAAAGCCCUCAAGCUGGGGCAGGAAGGCAGAGUUCCCAUGCCGAGCGCUUACCUCUACUACAACGCCACAGAGAAAGUCCGCCACAUGUUGGAGUCUUACUUCCGCCUGGACGUCCCUCUGCAUUUCUCCUAUACUCACCUGGUGUGCCGGACGGCCAUCGCAGAUAAACAGGGGGGCCGAACGGAUCCCAGCCACCCCGUGCACGUCGACAACUGCAUUCUCAACGCCGAGGCCCUGGUGUGCCUCAAGGAGCCCCCUGCGUACACCUUUCGGGACUACAGCGCCAUCCUUUAUUUAAACGGAGAUUUCGAAGGAGGGGAGUUUUAUUUUACCGAGUUGGAUGCCACGACCGUCACGGCCGAGGUGAAGCCCCAGUGCGGCCGGACAGUGGGCUUCUCGGCUGGAUUGGAAAACCCGCACGGCGUCCGAGCCGUCACGAAGGGCCAGCGUUGCGCCAUCGCCUUGUGGUUUACCCUGGACCCCCGCCAUAGCGAACGGGAGAGAAUCCAAGCCGAUGACCUGGUUCGGAUGCUCUUCAAAACCGAAGAAACCCAAUGGCUCCCCGAAACGGGACCGAACCCCAAAGAGGCCGAAACAGCCCCCAAAGAGACUUCUGAAAAGAAAGACGAACUAUAGAGCCACAUCUGGUUCAAAAAGCGGGAUUAUGAGAUAAUUUGUCAUAAUUUGGGGUACGAAUUGGGUCUCUGGAGCAAGAGAGAAAACUGACCAUAAACAUCAGUGACUAUAAAAAUACAGGCGGGAGAUAUCGGGGUUUGCCCUUUCCCCGUUUCUUGAAUGGCUGGAAAAUUCAUCAGGUUGAAAGGGACCUUGGAGGUCCUCUAGUCCAACCCGCCCUGCCCGAGGCAGGAGUUUUCAUACACUGCAUUUUUUUUUCCAUGAAAUAUUCCAGCGAUGGAGAACCCGCAACUUCGGGAGACAUAGCUUCAUAACUGAUAGUCCCCCAACAGUUCGUUUAGUGAUCGUUCGAAGUUACGACGGCCCUG